AUCUAUCUAUAUAUCUAUCGAUUGAUACAUCUAUCUAUCGAUCUAUCUAUCAUAUGUAUAAGCUAGCUAGAGACGCUCUUGUCGUUGUGUGUCUCAUAUUUGCAAUAUAUGUCUCUUGCAAUGUCAGUAUCUAGAGAAGAAUACGUUAAUACCGAAGACACUCUACAUAGUAUCUUGUUUCAUCGUAACAGUCUGGUCGUACGUAGCUUUCUAACAUCUUUGACAUGUGUAUCUCAUUACAUGCAACUUCUUAAGUUAAUUGCAAUUAGUUGAUAUCACAUUUCUGUCUGUCUAGACAACAUUUAAACAUUGUUGCUCUAAUCGAUAAAUUUAUUACGUUUUACAAAGUCACCAAGAGUCACUUGACCCAAAGAGUUACUUGACCUCGAGAAGGGUGUGUUGGUGUUAUUGUAAAGAAGGUAGCCACAGGGAGUCAGGAAUCCUGCUUUUGUUUUAUCAGUAUUAGUGUGACUUAAUAAAGUAUACUAUGAAUUAAGAUUCUUUGGAUGUUGUUGAGUUACACAAUUUGUAGAUGAUUAUCUUUAACACAUGAAAACGAAUUGGGUCUUCUUCAUUUUCUUUGUAUCCCUAUUUUAUUUGAAGAAGAAGAAGAAGAAGAAGAAGAAGAAGAAGAAGAAGAAGAAGAAGAAGAAGAAGAAGAAGAAGAAGAAGAAGAAAAAGAACAAUAAGAAGAACAAGAACAAGAACAAAAAGAAGAAGAAGAAAAGGGGUAUAAAGAGUUCGGGAACGAGACAUUUUUAAAAGCUACUCUGAACAUAAACGUACGAAGUACUUGAAUGCAAACUAAUCAAAGUAAGACUAGUUUUAGGAGUAAUUCAAAAUGUAAUUUGUAUAUUUUUAAUUAUCAUUUGUUCAGACUGUUAAAGCAUUUUGUCAAAAACGUCGCAUUAUUGAAAUGACCUUGAGGGGUGAUUUUCUUUUUUUUAAAGCGCAUGACAGCUAUUCUGUGACUUUCCCCAAAAAUAUCCUCUCUUUAUCUUGCCGACUUCCUUCUUUCUGGGAAUAGAUUAUUCCUGUUUCAUGAUAUCAUAAACAGAAUAGGACGGCAAAGAGCGCAAAAAAUGACAGAACAACAGAAUGACAAGCGGAGACGCAAAAAAAUGCUCCGCAUCCUCUAUUACAGCUUCCGGUGUCAGCGGAAUCUUCCGAAAUGUGCGGGGCUUUUAUGUCCUGCGAUGCCAUUUAUGCUUGAAAUCGGAUAUUUGGAUCCGGUAAUCCAGCUAUUCGGGGCUUUUAUGUCUUGAGAUGAUGCUUCGUUAUGAAAUCGGAUGUCUGGAUCCGAUCAUCGAGUCUGGCUGAAAAGGUUACAAGAUCUGCCGGGAGUUUUUUUUCCCCCUUCUAGAAUCUUAGACUGAUGUUGUGAGCAAACCCAGUUAGCUCCCUCUUUUUCUGCAUUUCGAAAGACAAAAGCAGAGGCCAUAAUAAAGAGUGUCGGUGUUUAUGGGGCACACGCUUACGAGAAUUUCGAAGUAUGAAGGCGUUUGCAUCAAGUUAACUUCUUCUCUAUCAUUAUCUGCUUGCGCCAUUUAUGUGGUUUCAGCGUACGGUGGUUAUUCAAAUCUUUGUUGCAUAGCAACUAAGAGGGCGGUUCUAUCUGUUUCUCUAACGUUUCGUGCUGGCAAAAGUUUACGCCCCGGCUACGUAUCACUCUAGUGAAAUUGAUUUUCCUACCACAACGUGUAAUAUCUACGUAAUCGUUUCGAACCAGGCCCAUUGAGUGGAGGCCGGGCGGCCUUCCUGCUCCCCCACCAUGUCUGUUUCCGGCCUUCUCCAACCUGCCCCCGCCCUGCCCGUGGGUCAGUCUCCAGGUGCUCUGGGACCGCCGUACUCACCAAAUCUGAUUAACCUCAGCCAACAGUACAACAUGAGUGGCAACACGCUCACUGAUGCGCUGCUGCUGCUGAGUGGGAUGUACAUCAGCCUUGUACAGCCCAGCCCUGGCCCCGUCGACGUGGGCCUACACGCCUUCUUCCCUCUCACCACCUCCGGAGACUUUAUCGCAGCGGUAGGGGACGCCUUCAAACCGCUCAAAAUCGGAUGGACGCAUAGAAAAUACCCCGCUUUAGCCCAAGCCUUCAAUGCGAACAGCACGACAUCCCGGUCUUUCUAUUCCCCGAAGGAUUUCCUGAAUAUAUUGUGUACGGAUAUCUUCCCGCAGAACACAAUCACCGUAUUCUACCUCAACAACCACCUCGUGAUUGAGCAGUAUGAUAAACCGGCAAGCGACUAUAUCCCACGGAUAAUCGAGUCCCUUGGGCUGCCAAUCAUAUCCUACGACACGGAGUUCUCCGUCAACAAACGACCGGCUCUGUCCAUCCAGUUGGCGCCCACCAUGGGUCAGAUGACUGACGUCAUGUUCGCCUUCCUCCGGAAGUUCAAAUGGACGGACUUCUCCUUCCUGUGUACGCUCUCGUAUGGCUGUAUGGAUGAGAUAGCCGCUAUUCGCGCCAAGGUGGAAGAAAGCAAGUCCAGGACGAACUUAAGUGUCUACGGAGUCGAUAUGUUCUCGUACAACCUGCUCUCCUAUGUGAACUUCACUAACGGCAGAGACCGAGAGGAGGUGGAGGAGAAACUGCGCUAUGAGCUCGACAAGGACACGCGCAUCAUCCUCGUCCACGGCAGAUACGGUGAGGUGGCGACCAUCACCGACAUCGCCAAAGAGCUGGGUCUCACCGGUCACGAGUACGUCUGGAUCUACACCCACGCCUCCAUCUCUCUGAAGAAGGAAAAUUCAAUAGUGGGGAGGAGCUACCCAUUAGGAUCGUUCAUUCUGGGCUAUGACAACAAACGAGAAGACAUACAAGCCGUAUCCAAGAUGGCGGUGGACCUGUGGUUAGACACCCUCAACAGGAUGGCCAUGUCCCCAGACAUGCAGGACAUGGACUUCAAAACGGGCUUCUCCUGUGACCGCCUCCAGGCCCAGCUAGAGGAAGAGGACGAGGGCGCGGCCAAAAAGCCUCUAUUUUGGAAAUACGGAGAAAAACUUUACAAGAAACUUCUGGAAGCAAAGUUGCCUGGUGGGUUAGAGUUUGACAAGUACGGAGUUCUGAAGGCCAAUCGGUUCUGGAUCAAAAACGUUCAACUGAAAGAGACAAGGGGCAGGAGUUCAAGCCGGGGCAGAAUUGGAGGAGGUGCCUCCCGUACGUCCAGUCGGUUCUCACGACCAUCUUCCUCCAGUCGGACGUCCAGUGGCUUCCUGAACCGGCGUCCGUCUACAGGCGGCAGUACGGACAGGAGCCGGGGAUCAGGCUACUCUUUUUCCAGGAAUAGAGGAGGCUCUGCAGGAAACACAACCUCAGGAGAUAGAUCUUCUAGCUCUUCUUCAUCCAGAAAUCGGUUCUCGUCGAGAAACUCGACAUCCGGGGACCGGGGCUCUGGGUCUCCAUUUUCUAGAGACAGAAACAGAAGUUCCGGUUCACCAUUUUCAAGAAAUAGAGACAGAACCUCUCCUUUUGGCUCGGACAGAAACAGAGCAUCAGGUUCUCCAUUUUCCCGGGGCAGAGACAGAGCUUCUGGGUCUUCCUUCUCUUCAGGCCGAAGCAGAAGCUCUCAGUCUCCCUAUUCUCGGGACAGAAAUUCUAACCUCGACGGACGGGGAGAUGAAGAGGACAGCGAGGACGACGACGAUUCUACUGCAGCUCGUUCUCAACCAGCACAAAAGGAAGGUGCACUUCCCACAGGCUCAUCGCUCUCCCGUGGCGAAAACGGCUCUCAGAUGACGGCCGCGACUCUCUCCCCUGAGGGGAAUGUCGCCGGGACAACGCUCGGGGAUGAGUCCACUGAGAACACGAGGCCUGUGAGACAUCACAAAAAGCAUGACCGACAAAGACAUGAUAAGGAGAAGUAUCCCAACGACAGAGACAUCAAGGACCGAGCCGGGACUGGGAAGCUGCCUAGAAGCAGAGAUUCCCGAUCAGUAGGCAACAAAAAGAGGGCAAUAUCUACAGGGAUGUAUUCGAAACUUGCGAUAAAGAUCGCUGAAUGGAACGGCCACAACUUGACUGUCGAUGGAAUCACUUGGCCAGGGGGCAGCUCUAUCCCACCAAAAGGCAAGCCGGAGAAAUACGUGCUGAAGGUGGUCACGUGGUUUGAGGACCCUCACGUGCUCUUUGUGCCCCAGAACAACAUCACCCACGAAGACGACGAAAUCUGCGACACGAACGCCCUGCCCUGCAAGGUGUACGAGAACCGUGAUGAGAAGUCGCACAGACUGGACAACGUGACGACAGAUAUGUGCUGCACGGGCUUGUGCAUCGACCUCCUCAAGCGCGUGAGUGAAAAGUUGCACUUUGAAGUGGACCUCACCGAAGUGCCCGACGGCAGAUAUGGAAGCCCACUCAAUAGCCCUACGACUACCCGGCGUGGAUGCUCAUCUUGGUGUUCAGCGUGCACGCCACUGGUGCCUCCAUCUUCAUCUUUGAGUGGCUCAGUCCUUACGGCUUGGACCAGGGCAAAACUCCACUCAGUGUGCACAAGUUCUCCUUAUUCCGCUCCUUCUGGCUCAUCUGGGCGAUGCUGUUCGGGGCGAGUGUGUCCACCGAUAUGCCUCGGGGCUGUGCGAGUCGCUUCCUUGCCAACAUCUGGGCCUUGUUUGCCGUCGUGUUCUGUGCCUCCUACACUGCCAAUCUGGCAGCUUUCAUGAUCACCAAGGACGAUUUCUACGACCUGAGUGGCAUUCAGGACUGGAGGGAGAGAUAGAGCGGCUACAGCGGUUCUGGCUGGCGGGGGCGUGUCAUGAGAAGAAGGAGACAGGCGUGUCGAGCCACACGUUGGGUAUACUCAACUUCACCUCCGCCUUCAUCCUCCUCGGGGGCGGGGUCAUACUGGGCCUCGUUCUCAUGGUGAUGGAGCAUGUCUACUUCCGGUUUGGCCGGAAAUCCUUACGGAAGUGGGAUAGGCGAGGGUGCUGCUCAUUGGUCAGCUUGAGCAUGGGUCAGUCGUUGACCUUCGAGCAGUCAGUGAUGGAAGCGAUAGACUUCCACCGCCAGCACAAAUGCAAGGACCCACUGUGUGAAACCCAACUCUGGAAAGUGAAACACGAGUUGGAUCUGGCCCUGCUCAAAAUCUCGCAGCUACGAAAGCAGAUUGCACACACAGCCUCCCUGGAUCCUUCCUGCACGCAAAGCCGUGAGGGAUCCUUCAAGCGGGAGCCAGAUGCUCCGCCCACUCAGAACGGGACAGCAGCUCGAAGACGUCGACGUCAACAACCAAGUGACAGCAACGCUGUGACCUCUGACCCUACAUCUAGUCGACCUUUGCUCGGUGCCGACGAUUGCGAUGAAGACGAUCUGCUGGACAAACCACUGAUGUACCCAGACGAGAGGACGCAUCCUCCACGAACCGAUCAGCCUCUAAACGCCGCUCGCUCUUCAUAUCCCAGUUCUUACCCUCAAGAUGUGUUAGAGCCCAGCUCCCGUUAUUCCUACCCACAGCAGUCGAGACCGGGGGACAACGAUAAACGUGGGAGUUCAGGAGUAGGCGUGGUUAGGCCUGUCAGUCGAGGCCCCGCCCCGCGCGAUGAAGGAAGUGAACGGUUCGCUGACCUCGACAUUCACGCCCCGCCCCCAACGUUCGACGAAGCUCUAGCACAGUCGCCAACCAGCUCUGGAGGAGAGGGGCGUGCUGUCUCCUCGCCUUCGCCGCCUCUACCUCCCCCUCCAACGUCGCCCUCGACGUUCCCUCCACCCCCUGUCGCUCACGGCACAGGUUUUCCAGCACCACCGGCAGAGGAGCUGUACACCCCCGCCGUGGCCCCGCGCUCCCGCGUCCCGCCCCCUCCCCCCGUGCGUUCCUUCGUCCCUCCCCCUCCUCCUCCGGCGGAAGACGACGAAGACAGACGCUAUGACCCCGUCAUUUUAGACAGCCCCGCCUCCCCGGCGUCCUCCUCCACCUUCUCAGAUGUGUCAAACAACGUACCGUCCUCCCCGGGAGGUAUUUCGAAACUCUCGAAAGAAGAUUCAGGUACAUCUGCUGCUACAUCACCGGAGCCCAACAGUUCUAUUGGUUCUAGCCGGGACUCUAGUGAGAGGGUGGGGAGCUCGAAGCCAACCACGAAUCUUCCUUCACAGCAAUCUAGCAGAGUUCCCAGUCAGGCGCCAGUUUCUUCGAGCCAAGGGAGGGAACCUCCUAGUAACAAUGUGGACAAAAUGAAACCUAGCGCCGAGGAAAGAGAACUCUCUUACGUGUCAUCUCCGCGAGAGGCAGACAAUGACGUCAGUGUGAGAAGACCACGUGACAAUGACGGCAAUGUGUACGUCAAUGUAGAUGAUAUGGGGGGAAAAGAGACUUCUUUCUAGGUCACAGUUAUUCAAAAAGUGUACCCACAGUUCCCUCCUAGUUCUAGUGUAGACGUUGCCUUCGUGAUUGCUUCAUUUGAUCCCGUGUAAACUUUUAUUCAAUAGUUGUAACCUUGAAUUUGCUACAGGACACUUGCUUUCUGUGUUCAGUUUGUUGUUGUUCAGAUUGUAGGAACUAAAAGUUUUAGGAUUUGCCAAAGGAAAGACGAAUCACUGUUGCUUUGGGUUUUUUAACUUUUUGUUAUACCUACACAAAGUACGAAGGUUGAAUUUCAAAAGUGGAUUUUACUCUGGUUUCUAAUAGUUCAGAAACUGGUUACUGCAAUCUGUGUUUAGUUUUCAGAAAUUUGCUGUGUUUUCUAAAUUUAAUAAUCUCAUUUCCUGUUUCAUUUUAGCAUAAAUUGAUACCAAUAUGUGUUCCCAAAAACAUUUUUAAAUUUUAUAUAACCUGUAGAGGUUUUUCUUUUUACAAACGUUUCUCACUUGUGUCAAAAAGUAACCAGUUCUUGUUUUACUUAGUCUGUGCCCACUAAUCCUUUUCGUUUGUUAUUACUUACCUUUGGGUAUUCUUUCUAGAAAGCCAUGCCAUCAAUCUUUGUGAAUUUCUUUUAUGAUGAUCGUUGAUCAGAUUGCAAGAAUUAGGCUGUAUUAGGUGCCACAAACUGGACAACUGUUUUUGCAUGCUUGACUACUGCUCAGGUCCCUAAUUUUCGUCUUCCGCGAGCCAGCAUUAUGAUUUAAACUCGUUUUAACUUAGAAAAAAUAAAUGUCUUUUAACUUUGUGUGGAAUACACGAGGUACGUUAAUUUUCUUAAGAGCUAGUGUUGUUUAUUUUGUCAGAGUAACUGACAUGAAUAAAUGGUUGAUCUUUUGUCCUGUCCUAUACAGAAAAGGUUACCCAUAAUGACAGAAAGUUAGCAUUAGUUAGUAAGUUUCAAGUUCAACCCGAGGGCACACUUUAGUAACUGUUAUUAGCUGACACGAUACGACAUGCAAGCCGAUUUUCGAACAAAACGGUCAGCCACAAAGUGUAGUACACAUGCUGGUAAAUCAAAAGAGGUGAUUUUCUUUCUCCUGCCCUAUAAUGAUGCUAAUAUAUCAUUUAGGCACAGAAUUUCUUUUCAAUUUAUUUCAUGAUCAGGAGAAGAAGACUUUUUGUCACCCUCUUGUUAUCACAAAUCCUGCAUGAAGUUGAAAGAAGCUCAAGUUCGCUUUACUCGAGACACUAAAAAUUAAUCAUUUACUGAAAAAGACUGAAUAACAGUGUAAUAUUUCAUUUGACUUUUGAAGUAGCAAAGGUUUUGGUCUGUCAAGCGACAAAGUCUUUUACGAAGGUCAGAUCGCUGAAAUACUCUAUAAUAUUCAUUAUGUGUAUCAAUAAUGAGCAUGACGUAGUGAGUUUCUAACAAAAUGUGGUUCUUUCUGCUUGAUGUUACAACCCUCAUAACAUGCAGAUUUGUUGUAGAGGUGUUUCUAACCCCCACUGCCAUGUUGCAAUAUUCUGUUUGGCUCAUCUGCAACCAUCUGUAAUGUGAUAUUAUGUAUAUAGCAACUUUCUGUACAAUUUGCGCCCCUGUGGUUCUUUCCUGUUUCUUGCUCUCUCAACUUGCUCAUCUCCAGAUUUUAGAGAUAAAUGGUUUGUUCAUAAUGUACUCUUUGCGGUAUUUUUGUCAUGGAUGAUUAUAAUGCGGUUGCAUCUGCUUGCUGGGGAUUAUGAAAAAGAGAAAAAAGUAGUUCUUUGUUGUUGUCGCUGUUCCUUUCUGUUGUUGUUUUAGAUGUCUUUGUUGGAGGUAAACCUUUUUAUCACUUGGUUGAAAUAAGUCUGGUUUCGAUCGUGUGUACGUAUGGGUGCUCGUGUAUAAUAUGUGUAUUUGUGUAUGCGUAUGUGUGUGAGAGAGAGGGAGAAGGGGAA